AUUUAGAGAAUCAUAGAGUCGGUUUUUGUCUUAAAUUAAUUUUGAAUAGAAUGCAUCCGUACUAACAAACUAAUCUAAUAUAAAAAUAAAAGUGAAUAAACAAAAUAAAUGAGCAUAAAACCAAAUCACAAAAACGAAGAAAUUAAAAGGAAUAUUAAAAAAUAAAAGAAAGGUGCUACAAUUUACAGUGAAAUAUCUAAAAUAUCCACACUACACAACCAACCACAUAAAAUACAUACACACAAAAUACAAAAAAGAAGAAAUAUGUACAUAAAGAGAUCGCACAAAAGAAACAUAUAAAUGUUCGUCGUACGUUGGUCGUCGGUCGGGUCGUGGUUCUCGCAAGCUAGCCUAUUAUAAUUAAGUUUGUAAGAAAUAUUAAAAACAAAAAAUUGCUGAAAAAUAAGUUCUUCCAAGUAAAUGAUUAAACAAAUUCGUUGUUAACGAGCGAACGGUGGCAACAUUUAUGUAUGUGUGGAGUAAUGUGUGUAACCGAAGUCGUCUAUGUUAAUGAUUUCCUUAGAAUCGCCAAGAAAACUACAGAAGCGGCAGUAGCAGCAACAGCGAAGAACUUGCCGCAAAAAGAACAAGAAAAUAUAGUUAAAAAAAUAAAUAUGAGUUGUUGAAAGCAGUAACAACAGCAACAACAACAAACAAAAAAAGCACGGCGGAUUGUGGAAAUAGUUGUUGGAGCUUUAUCUAUAACAGCAUAACAAAAACAACAACGACUGAACAACAUUAAUUUGUUGAUAGCUUAAACAAUUUUAAGCAAAACUCUCAUCCCCAGGGAGAGUUCCAACUUACAACAAGAAUAGCAGCAGUAGCAGCAACAACAACAACAACAAGUCACCACAAGAAUGAGAAAAUAAAAACAAAACUAAAAAAGAAGAAAAUCAAGCAUUAAGAAUCAGCAGACGGUUGGACUUAAUAAUCAACAGCCAACCAAGCAGCCAGCCAGCAGCGAAAACGAAAAACAGGAGCGUUUAAUGUAAACUUACAAGAAAACGACGAAAACAAAGGAGAAAACAAAACAAAAAACGAAGCAUUUAAACACAAAGCAAAGCGAAGCGCAUAAAGUGCCCACAAAAGAUCAACGGCAACACAAACAGACAUGGACGAAAACGAACAAGAAUUAAAAAGUCCCAUGAAACGAGUUGGAUCCACCCGCAAGGUGUUUCUAUUCAAUAACAUACGACAGCAAUUAAACGAACACUUACGAUGCCUGGACGGUCGUGUCGAAUCCCAAGUAUCCCUCAUACAAGAGCUGCAAGAUCUCUUCCGACGAAGAGGCGAACUGGAACUGGAGUACAGUAAAAAUUUAGAUAAGUUAGUGCGUAGCCUACAGGCCCGACACAAGGAACAGAAACAGAAACGUGAACAGUGGCAUAUAUUCUCGGCGUUUGCCUCAUGGUCACAUCUCUUGGAACAGACACAGUCGCUGAGCAAGGACCAUGCCACACUGUCCGAAUUGUAUUCGGUAAAUAUUGUCUCUUCGCUACAGACCACCAUCGAAGAUGUCCAGAGGAUAUACAAGAAAUGCCGUUCCAUUGGCUAUGAUAUCCACGAGGAAAUCCUACGGGUCCUAGAGGAGUUGUAUGCCACCAUGAAAACCUAUCAGAAAUACGAAGCCGAGUGGAAGGCCGCCGAGGUCAAGCUAAUGACAGCCGAAGCCCAACAACAGAAAUUGGAACAGACCAUACAGAAGGAGAAACUGCGAAGCAGUAAAAAAUACCGCAUGAUCGAAAAGGAAAUACUCAAACGACGUACCAAAUACUCAGAUGCUCGCAUGAAGGCAUUGAAGGCCAAAAAUGAAUAUCAACUGUGUUUGGAAUCAUCGAACACCACCAUACACAAAUAUUUCAUCGAUGAUCUGAGCGAUCUAAUCGACUGCAUGGAUCUGGGUUUCAGUUCGAUGAUAUCUCGUUGCCUGGUCAUGCAUGUCACCGCCGAUCAGGGACGAGCCCGUGCCAUCUUGAGCCAGGCCGAUAAUCUGGCUCAUGUCAUACACCUAAUCGAUAGCCAGCAGGACAAACAGAAAUUCAUGGAACAGUAUCAUGCAGCGUUCAUGAUACCCAAACGUUUCGAAUUCCAGGGACAGUUCAGCAAUGAUUUGCUCGAACAGAGUGUCCAGAAGGAGCUGUAUGUGGAUAUGGAGACCCGUUUGCAAGUGAUUGGCCAAAGGUUGAAUUCAUUGCGCACUGAGUCCGAGGAGAUUUGGAAGACCUUGGAAAUGGCCGAGGUCAAGUUGCUGGAGCAUUUCAACAGCAAGGACUGUGAUGUUAGCCCUGCUUUUGUGGAGCAUAAUAAAGGCCUUUUGCAAAAGGGUGGUCCCGCCAUGGCUUUUAAUCCCAAACUGAAGGCUGAGAAAGAGGAGAUCGAAGACUUCUAUAUAAAUAAGAUACGUGAAUAUAUACGUGGUACAUCGCGCAUAGCGCGUCUAGAUGCUAAGGCCAAGUAUCUGCGGGAGAUGUUGAUAACGGACAAUAAUGCCGCUUUCACAAGGGAGAUCCUGGACCACCCGAUCAAUAGUAAACGCAAGAGGAUAGGUCGCAAAAAUCAAUCGGGAAGGCCCAAGUUGUUUGGCGGUUGCCUGGAGGAGUACUUGGAGAACACGGGUGAAGAGAUACCCUUAAUUUUAAGAAGUUGUAUACGUGUCAUAAAUCUAUAUGGUCUGCAUCAUCAGGGCAUAUUUCGGGUGUCAGGUUCUCAGGUGGAAAUAACCAACUUCAAAGAAGCCUUUGAGCGCGGCGAAGAUCCCUUGGCCGACACCACAGACGCCUCCGACAUCAACUCAGUGGCUGGCGUUUUGAAACUCUACCUAAGAGAACUGAGGGUGCCGCUCUUCCCGAAAUUCUAUUUCGAAAGUUUCAUCUCCAUAGCGGAAAUGCAAACCAAGGCUGAAAUGGUCAAGGGCAUCAGACAGUUCUUGCAAAAUCUGCCCAACUCAGUGGUCAUUGUCAUUCGCUAUUUGUUCUCCUUUCUCAACCACCUGUCGGAGUAUGCCGACGAGAAUAUGAUGGAUGCCUACAAUUUGGCCAUUUGCUUUGGACCCACCCUCAUGCCUGCUCCCGAGGACAAGGACCAGGUGCAGUAUCAGAAUCAAGUAAACGAACUAAUCAAAAAUAUGAUUAUCUAUCACGAGGAACUCUUCCCAAAGGAGUUGGGCGGCUGCGAGUAUGAGAAAUACAUUUCACCCCACACACUUGACAUGGACGUGGGCGAUUCCCCCUCCGAAGUACUGACCGAAGAUCCCGAAUCGGAUGCCUAUCCCUCCGAAGAUGAGUCUGAAGUUCUAGAAGCCGUGGCCCAGUUCGACUUCAACGCCCGCUCCAGCCGGGAACUGUCGCUGACAAAAGGUGAUUGUAUUAUCUUGCGCAAGCAGGUCUCCAACGAUUGGUGGCAGGGUACGGUGAACGGCAAAGAGGGCCUAGUGCCCGACAAAUACAUAUCGCUCAAGCUCAAAGAUGAAGCUCGUCUGCCCGCACAAAAUUCACAAUCUAUGGAAUAUUUGUACUUAGAGAAUUCAUGCUCUUCAUCCACUUCAAUGUUAGUAGACAAUAAAGAUAUCGCAAAGUAUGUUGUCAAUGAUGUUUAUUUUAACCAUGCUGGUGGCGGUGGUGGUGGUCUUGGUGGUAACUCAGCCUGCAAUAACACCUCUGCUGCCGCAGCAGCUGCUACUGCUUCGGCCCCGGCCUCGAUCAGUGUGCUGGGUGGCAGCAGCAGCUGUCUGGGUCUGGGCUUGGGCCCCCAUAACAAUGGCAACGGUACAGCGGGUGCUAUUUAUGCUGUGCCACAUCAACGCAAAACCAGUACCGGCAGUGGCAAUGGAUCGCUUGGAGGUGCUAGUACUAGUGGUGGAGGUGGUAUUGGCUUUGGCUCAUCAUCCAAUGCUUCUGGCGAUUCUUCAUCAUAUUCGUGUACAGAUGGUAAUGCCUAUGCCGUUACCAGCGAAGUUCAUUUAUUUAAACACUUUGCCUCAUCAUCUCCCUCACCCCAUUCUAAUGCCACCACCAAUACUAAUACUUCUUCUACUACCACUCCCACGGCUCUAACUUCUACCACACCCCCUCUGCCUAGUAGUGGUCCCAAUUUCACAUCAACACCUCCACCAAUUAACCAUUCAUCCCUAAUGAAACUCUUGAAAAAUCAUAGCAAACAAUAUCACGAUGAACCGCAUUCCUUCGAGAAUGCCAUCGAAUUUCAGAACGCUUACGAUGAACAGGUGGAAAAAUUCGAAACGACUGUAUAGAAAUAAGUAAUGUGAUGGUGGUGAUGAAAGAGCGCAAGCGCACAGUACAGGCUAAAAACGCACACACACAUACACACGUACAGAAAAAGAAGAACACAAGUGCGGUACUGCACAGCACACACACAGAUAAGACUUGUGAGAAACCAACCAGAAAAUAAAUGAAAAAAACUAAAGUAUGUGAAGUGUCAGAGACAGGCGCACAAAGGACUCAGUCACAAGCAAGCACAAGUAGAGGUAUAAUAAAUAGAAAGAUAUAAUGUGAGAAAGGAAUUGGCUCAAAAUCCUAUAUGCACACAGAAACACACACACAAACAUUUAGCCAUAAAUCAGGUUAACUCAAGAAGCAAGGAUCUCAAAAAAAAGAAUAUAUAUUUUUUUUAAUUCCGCGGACAGAAUGAAUGAUUUUAUAGUUGUGAUGCUGCUGUGUCGUUCGAGGUUUUCCUUUUUUUAUUAUAAAGUAAUGAAUGCUCUCUACAGGAAAUGAGUGAAAAACUAAAUUAAGCUAAAAUUGUUUUAAAAACAUUAGCUGUCGAUUCGAAAAGAAAAAAUUGAAAAUCUCAAAAUUAUUGUAGAUAGAUUAUUUUUCUAGUAACACUAGUUGUAGAGUGGAGUCAUAUAAUGUAUUGUGUUUUUUGCCCUUUUUUAAUUUUUCAAAUAAAAUAUAUGCCCAUUUUGUUUUACCGAUUAACAUGGAACAAACGAUUCUGAAUUGUGUCCCAGUGAAUAUAGUCUAUCUAUGUAUUUAUAAGUAUCGAAUAAAUUAUGUAUAAAAUAUAAUAAAAAAUUUCAAAUUUCAAUAUUUAAACAAUGCAUGUCGUUUGGCUUUAUUGAACCGAUUUUUGACGAAAUGAUUUUGAAAAAAAAAUUGUUAACAAUCGAGAAUCUUCUAAAAUAAAUUGUAUUUAACUUUUUUUUUAAUUUAUUAUGUUUGCCAUUUAAAAGAAAAAUAAGGAUAUUUUUAAUUUUUAUAAUUAUAUUUUAAAUAAAAUUUGUACUCAACACAAAAAUA